AUGGUUAUACUAAUCGUACGGACGUCGUCUUCGGGCGAUGGGAUACUCGUCUGGCUAUUGACUGAGCCGCCGGCAUAUCUUCCACGACUCCGUGUCGAGCGGGCGAGAGAGCAAGGCAAUGUAGGAAGAGGAACCGAUGCUGUGGCUUUCGCGCCGCCAACCGUCCGUUCGAAUCGAUGCCUCGAGGGCGGAGAGCGGAGAGCAGAGAGGGUUUGGUUGUGGCAGAGGAAACAUUGCGACAACCGUGUAUCGUAUCGAAAUACGCCAGAAUACGUCGGCUGGCGUCGGCGAGCUAGGCUGUUUCAGGCGACUGGCCACGUGAGAUAUCGCCGAGGUCCCGUGUGA